CAGUAUGUAGCAGGAUUAGGCACAAACUUGUGACGACAAACGGGUGUCACAUUCCGACAUCACCAGACCAUCAGUACAAAACACCAUUUUGUUUUCUCUCCUAUCUAAACCAGAAUCUCUGCAAAUAUUUCUAAGUCGUGCACUUCGUUUCCUAGAAGAGUGACGCUGACCGGGAAUGGCUUCAAUGAGCGAGGAUUUGAGCGCUGUGGUUCUGGACAAUGGAUCAGGGAUGUGCAAGGCUGGAUUCGCAGGGGACGACGCCCCUCGUAGUGUAUUUCCGUCUAUUGUCGGAAGGCCGAGACAUCAGGGCGUCAUGAUCGGGAUGGGCCAAAAGGACUCUUACGUCGGAGACGAGGCUCAGAGCAAAAGAGGCGUCCUCACUCUAAAGUACCCUAUAGAGCACGGAAUCGUCACGAAUUGGGACGACAUGGAAAAAGUUUGGCACCACACUUUCUAUAACGAACUCCGUGUGUCCCCAGAUGAACACCCCAUACUCAUGACGGAAGCACCGUUAAAUCCAAAAGCCAAUCGCGAGAAGAUGACGCAGAUUAUGUUCGAGACCUUCAACACACCGGCGUUUUACGUAGCCAUCCAGGCCGUGUUGUCCCUGUACGCCUCGGGACGCACCACAGGAAUAGUGAUGGAUUCCGGGGACGGUGUAACUCAUACCGUUCCCAUAUACGAAGGAUACGCCUUGCCUCACGCCAUCUUGAGGAUUGACCUCGCAGGUAGGGACCUCACUGAUUAUUUGAUGAAAAUCAUGACGGAGAGGGGAUACUCCUUCACCACAACGGCCGAAAGAGAAAUAGUCCGAGACAUCAAGGAGAAACUCUGCUACAUAGCGCUCGAUUUUGAUGAUGAUAUGGUGUCGUCUGCCACUUCUAAAGAUAUGGAAAAGACAUAUGAACUACCAGACGGACAGAUCAUCAGCAUCGGUAACGAGAGGUUCCGGUGUCCAGAGGCGAUGUUCCAACCUUCAUUCAUAGGUAUGGAAAUGGCGGGAAUGCACGAAUCUACCUUCAAUUCAAUCCUAAAAUGCGAUGUGGACAUCCGGAAAGAUUUAUACUCGAAUAUUGUAUUAUCUGGCGGUUCCACAAUGUUCCCGGGUGUUGCGGAUCGCAUGAGUAAAGAGGUCGCGUCCUUGGCACCAGAACUCAUCAAGGUGAAGGUCGUGGCGCCACCUGAGCGGAAGUACUCGGUUUGGAUCGGAGGGUCGAUCCUGGCGUCAUUGUCGACAUUUGAACAGAUGUGGAUAAGUCGACAAGAGUACAACGAGGCAGGGGCCGGCAUCAUUCAUAGAAAAUGUUUUUAGUGUCUUAAUUAUUGUUCAGUUAAUUUGUAUUUUUGUAUCUGAAAAAAAAAGUUCGUACAAAUAGAUUGUUUAAAAAUAAACCUAUGGUUUUAUUAAGA